CGCCAUAUUGUUGUUGAUCGUCCGCUCUCCUGUUAUCUAGUUAUCUAUCUGUGUCAAUAACUCAUUAUAUAUUACCAAGAAAGUAUUUAUGCCUCUGAAAAGUCUCCGGAAUUCCUUUAGAAAGACUCAGUGGUGACACCUCUGAGUUUCAUUUUCAUUUCGCCUCUUUUUCAUUUCUGCCUGGUAGUGUUCCUCCGAAGAUGAAAGCUGUGUUAGAUCGCCGCUCCAUGAUCAAGUACUGUAAAUCAAGUAUUGGGAGGAAAGAAUUCUUUUGAUGAACUCGCUCCUUAUUUAAUUUGAAACGGCAAGGGCUCUUCGUGAUAGUACUCACUCUUUUGCAGUACUUUCAUCAAGUUGGAAAUAUGCAAGAAGAAAACAUGUUGGAUAAAGAGCGGUUUGUGAGGCCCAACUGUAGGGAGAACCAUUGUGAAAUAGAACGCCGGAGACGCAAUAAGAUGACUGCGUACAUCACGGAGCUAUCAGAUAUGGUACCAACCUGUAGUGCAUUGGCAAGGAAACCAGACAAGCUUACAAUUCUUCGAAUGGCGGUGGCGCACAUGAAAGCAUUGAGAGGCACAGGAAAUACCAAUGACGGUGUUUAUCGACCCUCUUUUCUAACGGAUGAAGAGUUGAAACAUCUGAUCCUUGAAGCUGCAGAUGGGUUCCUGUUUGUGGUAUCGUGUGUGUCAGGGGACAUCAUUUACGUUUCUGACUCAGUACGGCCUGUUUUGAGUCAUUCUCAAAGUGACUGGUUUGGUGCUAGCUUGUUUGACUUCGUUCAUCCAGACGAUGUUGAGAAAGUCAGAGAACAGCUUUCAACCAUCGAAUCUUCAAACUCAGGCAGAAUUUUAGAUCUGAAAAGUGGAACUGUGAAGAAAGAAGGUCAUCAGUCUGCAAUGAGGGUAUGCAUGGGUUCUCGGCGAGGGUUCAUUUGUCGGAUGAAAGUUGGAGCUGUUCCUCCUGAUACGAUGGCUACUGGACAUCUUAACCGAAACAAACAAAGAAACACGCUCGGUCCCUCUAAAGAUGGCCAUAACUAUGCUGUUGUACAUUGCACAGGCUUCAUCAAGAACUGGCCCCCUAAUGGUCAGUUUGAUAACCCCUUAAAUGGAGUUCAAAUAGAUCAGAAUAUCGAUGUCGAUUCAAAACAAUGUUGUCUUGUGGCUAUUGGACGUCUACAACUUACCUCCAUGCCGAACACUACUGACCUCUCUGAAGGAAGUUCUAAUGCAGAAUUUAUCUCACGCCAUUCUAUUGAUGGCAAAUUUUCAUUUGUUGAUCAAAGAGUCAUUGGAAUCCUUGGUUACACACCUGCGGAAUUAUUAGGCAAAUCCUGUUUUGAUUUUUUCCACCCUGAUGACGUCUCCCAUGUAAAAGAGAGCUUUGAUCAAGUUCUAAAAUCCAAAGGUCAAGUGAUGUCUGUGAUUUAUCGGUUUCGGGGAGGUAAUAGGACAGACUAUGUGUGGCUACGCACGUCAGCCUUUGCUUUCUUAAAUCCCUACACUGAAGAGAUCGAGUACAUCAUUUGCACAAACACUCUUGCAAAAUCUUUACAAUCUUCUGGAAAUUCUGAAUCAAAUGAACAAGCGACAUAUCAGCCAACUGUAGAUUAUAGCAUGCAGCACAGAUACGCUGGAUCAGGUUCUCAGAUCAUUCCAACUCCCCAUCAACAUAUCCAUUCCAAUAGCCCUCUUCAAACUCAGCAAAGCAUCUACCAGCAGGCAGCCUCAGAAACUUAUCAUUACAGGCAGAUAAGCCCAUCUGGAUCACCCUCUAGUUCAACUUACACACAGCUGGGUGGUGGUAUUCGUCCUAACAUCAUCCCGCCAUCUACUACAUAUCAUAGUGUAUCUACUCCAUCCACUAAUUCAGGUAUCUGGGCAUGGCAAGCGGGCAAUCACUCUGCUGACAGUGGGCACGGUUCAUCAGGUGGACCCACCUCUACUCCACACGCUCCUCCGCAAGAACUUGAUAUGAUGAUGCUAGACCACCUUGGGCAGACAUCCUUCGAAGAUCUAAAUAUUUAUCAUGGGUCCUUUGACUAAUUACAAUGUACCUGCAAAAUGUAAAUAUCUCAAUAAUUACAUUUCUACUCUUUCUUUGAACAUUUACUAUGUUCAAAGAACUCUGAAAUGCCCACCCUAGAAAAUAAUUUUCCCUUCAUCCACAUAUCAAGACUUUCUCAGGGAGAAAUUUUCUCCUGUUGACUACUAUAUCCUUGGAAUCCAAUAUCCCGCAGAAUGUCUUUGAAAAUAUUUGUUCCUUCCAACUAUCAUCUGAUUGUAGGUGGUAGUAUUUAACUAAUUUCUUUCUUCUUUUUUCUCUCGUUAAGUCCAAUGUACCUCUUCAUUUGGCGUAUGUCGUCAAAUGUUUUAAAAUUACUUUUGAUUUAUAUUUUUGGCUUAUCAAAUAUGUCCUUUUUGUUCCCUAAGGCAGUCAUCAAGACGUUUCAUCUCUUGUGGUAUUCUCAAUUUGUUUCUUGGUGACUUCUUUUGGUACCGUAAUCUUAGUUACAUAUUAUUUCUACUCCAGAGGAUCUUCCAUAAUGUGAUAUAUUUUCUGUCCUUUGGUAUUUUCUGUCUUUUUUUUCCUGAUUUGCCUAAUGCUGUCAUAAAAGCAUUCCAUUUAGGUGUUCGUAGUUCAUUUUUUGCCGUAUUUUUUAUUUUGGUAUCUUACAAUUAGUUGUAAUUUUAAUGUAUAAUUUAUUUUCUAUUAUACUUUUUAUUCUAACUUAGCAAAUGCUGCAGCUGUGUCAGAAUUAUAUCAGCCCUUUAACAUGGGUAUUUUCCCCUACAAGGUUUCAGUUUUAGUAUGUUGACCGUAGAAUCCACUUGGUGGUGGCAUCAAGCAACUGUGUGUUAGAGGUGGAAAAUUGCUGUGAUCUCAAUUUUUGCGUAAGCUUCUGGCUUUAAUCUUCAGGCUUAUUUAAUCACUCAUAACUUGCAUGUUUCUUUCCUCUUUGGAAAAAAUGGCAUCUCAGUUUGUGAGUAAUUUGUUUAACUUUUCAUAUCAGUUUUGUUCUUAGUACAUAGUAAUUUCGUUAAUUUAGUUCAAACUCAUUAUAUCAUGUUAUAUUUUACUUUAAUUAGUCUCAUCCUUCAAAAUCAGUUUCUUUUGACGGUUCCAUGGGUGUUAAAUUCAAAAUCAUGCUUUUAUUUAUGUGAUGAUGAAAAAUUUAGAAGCCCUCACUAACAAGGGAACUUUUCACACUGCCUCCUCUGAUUACGAUCAAAUUUCUUUCACGGAUUUUUUUAAUGAUUUCAUUUAGCAUAUUUUUCUAUUACUUCUGAAGUAUCAAGAAGUAUGACUAGGCUUAGAAAGACAAAUAAUUUUGGAUGGAAUCCAAUGUAAAACUCAAACCUGUAUCCUGUUUAUCUCCAACGCUCCUUCUUACCGGUAGGAAAAAGGGCAGGCCUAUGUAACUGCAACUAGAUUCUUACUGUACUUUUUCCCUUUACCAGGAUUUUAAUGGCUACAUGCCAUCUUCUUAUUAUUCAAUUUUUCGCUCUGCUCUUAAGGCUCAUUGGGGAAAUCAUACAUAAAUAUGUGAAAUAAAAUCCUGCAAAAAACUGUACGGGAAAAAUUUGAGCCUGAUCGGAGGCAGCAGCCAAGGCAACCAGAACCCCCCUUGAAAAUCUUUUUUCAAUAUUACUAACUAUAUUAAUUGACUUUAAUAGUCAUGUUCAUAAAAACUGAUGUGCUUGUAACUUUUUAAAUUUCUAGCCCUACAGUCUAACUUUAGAAUCUAGCUUUACAAGUAUCAUAGCUUCGUCUUCAGCUCUGAAUAACGGACUAUUCAAAAACCUAGAACUUUUCGGAAACCCAUGGAAAAAGAAAUAAUAGAUGCUUUUUCCUCCAUAUAACACCUUUUUUCCCCCCAAUGGAAUUGAAUGAAAAUUCUGUUAUGUUUCAGUACUAUCUAACACACUUGUAAUGAUUUCAAUUGAUCUAGUUUUUACAGUGUUUUUUGUGCCUCCGAAUUUCAGAGUGAAGUAAUUCAGAUUGUAAAGGAAACAUCUAUGUAAUGUAACGAUGAACUAUUUUUGGUAUGAAAUCUACCAAAAAAAAAAGGGAACAAAAAACAUGUAAUGAUUGACAUGUGAUGAAUGAUGCUGAGUAAUAAUUUAACAAAGCCUGUAAUACAAAUUAUUUUAAUCACAGAUUUGAUGAUUUGUAAUAAUCAACUAUAUUCAAGAGUGUUAUAAAAGCUUUUCUCUCAAGAAGUUCUUGAUUAUGCAGUUUGUAACUCUUUUCAUCACAUCAUUUUUCUCUUAGGUUAACUAACCAAGUAUGCGACACUGUUGAACAUGUAUAAUUGACUGAGCCAGUGUAUAAACUUGUUACUCUUGUAAAAUUUUUGUGACUUCAAGAUUUGAAAAUUAUGAGGGCCUUUAAAACAACGUUUGAACUGGUGUUAGAAAAAGUGAUCCUGAUUUUUCAUCUUGCACUCAUGACAUUUAGAAAUCAGCCCUUAUGGAAAUAACCGUGAUCUAAAUGUUUUCUAAAAAAAUUCCACUCAACAAGUUAAUGCACCAGAUUCGUCAAUCAAACUCUAACAUAUUUCUCACCUUCAUUUACCUACUCAUAUCUGUCUCUGUACCCAGAUCUACCUUAUUUUAGCCUUUUUGAGGGGCUCAGAAGCCAUAGAUAAUGAAAUACAUGUAAGACGCUUUAUCCGUGCAAUUCAGUCCUGUUCAAUGUACUUUUUGCAUUAAACAAUUUUCUAUUUUCUA